AUGAGUCGACGUAAGCAAUAUCCCAUAUCGACGAAGCUCGAAGCCAUUGGUCUCCUCGAGACAAUGUCUUGCCGCGAGUUAUCGCGCGUCAUGGGGAUCGCUCGACGUACCAUUCGCAGCUGGCAGCACCAGCGUUUCGAGUUGCUAGCGUACGACGGCAACAAGAAGUGCAACAAGCUUGUGCCUGGCGGCCGCUACGAGGAAUUCCCCGAUCCACCU